UUUUAAAUGGGAAAUAAGCCACAAUUUUACCAAAAAAAUGAAUUUAUUAACGUUUCGACGCCCAAGUCGGGUGUCGUUGUCAAAAUACAAAAUAAUACUAAAUAAACAAAAAUGUUGUUGCUUAGUAAAAAAUUCUUCUAAUAAUUUAUUUAAUCUGACUCAUUUAUAUCGGUAAUUCAGGCAUGUAUUAUACAUUUUAAAGUAGAAGACUUAAAAUGAUAUUGCCAAUAUUGAUGAGUUGCAUUCCUGGGACGACUUUACUAAAAGAUAGUUCAUUUGAUUACAUGAAAUCAACCCCAACUCAAGAAUAUCCGCCACAAAAAAUCAUAGCAUGUAAUCUGUCUUUAAAAAGACAACAAAUGCAACGAUGGCAGUAAAAUUCUCGCGCUAGAGAUUCCAUAGUAAAUCACUAGGGGAAACCAGGAAAAAACCUCGUGAUACUAUCCCGACAUCGUAAUGCUGAUGUAAAGAGGAUACAAACUUUAAAGCCACAUGGCUUGUUUUUGGUAUAAUCAAAGAGAAACAUCUAUAAACAUUUUUUCAACGAAAGAAGUAAACAAUGUUAUUUUUUACAAUAUAACAGUCACCGUAGGAGAUUUUCAUUGGACCGUUGAACAUCGUUAUAGUGAAUUUUAUGAUCUGCAUAACCAACUAGUAAUAGAUCAUGGGGUAUCAAAAGAGAUUUUACCGAGUAAGAAAGUUAUUAGAAAUAAAUGCCCCAUUUUUAUCGAGGCUAGAAGAAAAGGGCUAGAGGAAUACCUACAGAAAAUUCUGAUAUUUUUAAAGAGGACCAUGCCUAAGUUAUUUGUAGAUUUUUUAGAGUUUAAUUUAUAUGAUAUAUUCUUUUUACUGCAAGAUUUGUCAACUAAGUUGUUUAAGAAUUCUGACACAAUACUCACAAAACCAAGUGUGAUGACUACACUCGAGCCUCACGCUUUAAGUCAAUUCUUAAAGAAACCAUUAUUGGAUCAGACUGAAACAAGAUUUGAUAUAAGUCCUGUUGUGGAUACAUUUUCUCAGCUACAGAAUAUUACAAUUUGUGGAGAUUCUAAACCUUUUAAGCAGAGCAAUAUUGUGUUAAAUAAGUUAGUGUUUGAUCUUUCAUCCUUUAAGGUUGUAGCCAACCUCACCCUGGAUAAUGUUUGCUUUGAAAGUAUUACUUCAUUGGGAAAUGUGAGGGAGACUGUAAAGAAGCUACAAGUAAACAAUACAAAAGUAACUUCAAUUUCUCAGGUUUUACAGUGCGACAUUAUUCAUAAGGAUAAUAUUGAAGGAAGUCAGAAAUGGAGUGUUUUGGAAGAAUUAGAUUUGAACAAAAACAAUAUAACAGAAAUAGACUCCACCAUCAGAUUGGCUCAAAAGUUAGAGACAUUAAAUUUAAACGACAAUAAGAUCUCCACUUUAAACAACCUUUCUCAUUUACCCAAUUUGUCUUGUUUAAGUUUAUCCAAUAACCUAAUAACACUAUGCACAGAUUUGCACACAAAAGUAGGCAACCUUCGAAUGUUAAACCUAUCACAAAAUAAUAUUUAUACUUGUCAGGGAUUUAGUAAACUGUAUUCUUUAGAAACGCUUGAUUUAAGUAGCAAUAAGAUAGUCAAUAUAGAGGAUAUACAGUUUCUUGGAGAUUUGCCGUGUUUAGAAAAUUUGAUAUUAACAGGAAACAAUGUUGCCACAACUAUUGAUUAUCGGGCUAAGGUUUUGGAAUAUUUCGGAGAUCGUGCAAAGCAUAUAUGUUUGGACAAUGAGAAGCCGAUUCAGGCUGAGCUAGACAAGGUUUCUAUAUUAAGAGCUCUAAGAAUUGUUAAGGAGGGAAAGACUCCUGAUUUAAAGACAAAUUUUACUUUUGAGUUAUAUUAAAGAUAUAUAUUUAAAGGAGACCGCACACAUCUUAUGGAAAAUUUAAUGUCAUUCAAAUGCAAUAAAAUUUACAUGUAUAGAUUCGUCUCGGAAUUACAACCAUUUCAUAUCAUUGCGCCAACUCUGAAUUUUGAUUAAUAAUGGCGUAAAUUGAUAUAAAUAAAUGUUUAUGUUCAAAUGAGUAUGUACGUCAGUUAGAGAGAAAUCGGAAAUCUUUCUGCAGGUAUUAAGGCAGAGCUUACUCUUAUCUGUAGAUAAUAAAGUAAAUAUAAUUUGGUCAGUCGUACCAAAGUAAUCUGCUUAGCUCACGCUGGGUUAAGCUGUUUUCAAUGGCAAUUAGACUACUUAAUAGUAUUUAUAAAUGACAGUUUAAUAGAUUUCAAAAAUGUGAUUUCCAUAAAGUUUAAUUACAAUUUACGCCAUUAUUAAUCAAAAUUCGGAGUUAGCGCAAUGCUAUGAAAUUAUUGUAUUUUCGAGACGAAUCCAUUCAAGUAAAUUUUAUUUCAUUUGAGCGACAUUAUAUUUUCCAUAAGAUGUGUGCAGUGUCCUUUUUAAUAAAUUAUUCAAUGUAUAUUGGUAAUAAAUGUUAUAUUGUAUUCCGUCAAAUGAUGUAUAUUAUAUACUAUAAUAUAUUUAUUCUUAUUGCCUUUUCUGAUAUAUUUUUAACUAUCUACUCUGUGAAUAAAGGUAGGUCUGCAAAAAAUCCAUUUAUUUUUAUAUAUAAAAAUAUAUUAUGUAGUAGAUUUUUCUCUUUGAUGUGGAUUUGUCAAUCAGUACCUGACAGGAUAAAACUACAGUGCUGCAAAUUUUGUGUGUAGUGGGAUAUUACAAUGUCUACACAAAUUUUUAUUAAGGAAUGUACAGUUUGUCAAAUAUAUAGUGAUACUUGCCCGUAUACACAGAGUGUUUCAUUAAUAAUUGUCCAUAUAGUAACUAGAGAAACCUUAGCACAAAAUACGAAGAUUUAACCUAAAACACUUAAAUAAAAUGUGGUUCCUUACUGAGUUACAGGAUGUUUUAUCUAAAAAUUUAAAAACUAUUUUUGCUCAGCAUUUUAAAACUAUUGGACGUAUCGUUUUCAUACUUGGCAGGAAAUAGGUACUGUACAAGCUACUAAAUUAUGUUAAACAAACGUUUCUGGCUAUUACCAGAGGCGUACGACGGGGGAAACUGACCCUUUCCAAAUUCUACGCCACUGGCGGAAUUGCUAUUUUAGUUCAAUUUUUGGAUUCUCCAAUACUUUUUAUCAAAAUAAUAUACUCUUCAUUCGUAACGAUAAAGUCAUUAGUUUUCGAGAUCUUUGAAGUUAAAAAUGAAACGACACGGUUAUUUUGAUUAAUGUAUUGUGUCGUUUCAUUUUUAAUUUCAAAUAUCUCGAAAACUAAUCAUUUUAUCGUUACGAAUGAAGAGUAUAUUAUUUACAUAAAAAGUAUUUGAAAAUUAAAAAAUUACACUAAAAUAGCAAUUUUGCCAGUGGCGUAGAAUUUGGGAAGGGCCAACCAGCCACUAUCCCUGUCGUACGCCUCUGGUAGUAGCUAGAAACGUUUAUUUAUCUUAAUUUAGUAGGGUGUACAGUAUAGUACACUUUAUGCCAAGUAUGAUAAGGAUAUGCCAAAUAGUUUUAAAGUACUGGGUACGAAUAAUUUUUAAAUUUUAAUCAUAUGAAUCACAUCAUAAAUUAAUCAAAAUAACUGUGCCAUUUCAUAUUUAACUUCAAAUAUCUUAAAAACUAAUGACUUCAUCGUUACCAAUGAAGAGUAUAUUAUUUACGUAGAAAGUAUUGGAUAAUCUAAAAAUGGCACUAAAAUAGUAAUUCCUCCAGUUUCGUAGAAUUUGAGAAGGGUAAACCAUUCACCAUCCCCUGUUGUACGCCCCUGGUAGUAGCUAGAAACGUUUGUUUAUCAUAAUUUAGUAGUCGCACUUUCUGCCAAGUAUAAAAAGGAUACGUCGAAUAGUUUUAAAAUGCUGAGCAAAAAUAGUUUUUAAAUUUUUAGAUAAAACACCCUGUAACUCAGUAAGGAACCAUAUUUUAUUUAAGUGUUUUAGGUUAAAUCAUUGUAUUUUGUGCUAAGGAUUCUCCAGUUACUAUAUGGACAAUUACACUGGUAAACACACAGUUUGCUGCCGGAAAUUUUUUUACUGUUUCUAGGUAAUUUGGGUCUGCUGAAUCCAAAAAUGCCACCAGAUUUGCUCCAUCAGAUCGUUUUCAGAAAAUACGACAACAGAUCACAUUUCUAACAUAUAGGGUAAUUUAACUAACUAUUUAACUACCUACAUAUAUGUAGUGCUGCUACCCAUGAAAUAAACUAAAUACGAAUAAAAAGUAAGAUAUUUAUUGUACAAUAAUGUACUUACAAAAAUCAUCACACAUAUCUGCAAAAAAAACUUAACUUUUCAUCUAAUCUAACCGGCAGCGUCGCAACAAAAAUGUGUUAUUCGGCUUCACCUAAAAACUUCCUUUCAUAUGAGUUUCUUGCAAAGGCUUUAAAGGAACGGUCCCUUUGAAGACUCCAGCAGUAAUCCGCCAUCAUGUGAUAGCCCCAUCUCCCUGAUACCCCUCUUCAACCUUUUUGAUAUCUUGGUGGAAGCGUUCCCCUUGUUCCUCACUAGGGCCACCAAGAUUUUCUGGGAAACGGUCUAAGUGGCUGUGGAGGUAAUGAAUUUUAAUACUCAUAUGACAACCGUGUUUGUUAAAAUUGUUGAGCAUUUCUUCCACUCUAAUGCCCAAUUGGUUUACUUCCAUAUUUGUUGCCAAUAUGUAGAAGGACACUUUAAAUUUCGUUUGAUACUGUCGAUAACAAGACGCCAGUGAUCUGGUGUAUACUCUGAUACACCCAUUUUUUCUAACAGUCCUUUAAUAUUGUUAUAAAAAACCAUAUCAUCUUGCUGAGAAAAAAAGGCAAAAGAUCUUUUAUCUCUAUUACGGUAGUAUGCUCAGGACGUGUUGAAUCCCCUUCAAAAUCACUGUCGUCUUCCUCAAAUCUAUUAGUCUACAAUUCGUCAGAUAACGUUUCGGCAUUAUCCUCUGGUAACAUUGGUAGACUGCUAAAUAUUGGAAUGGGUAUCUUCUCAAGCUGAUGUGGAAUCUUAUUGCUGAAUCCGUGUUAGGAUAUGUUCACGUAUGUCGAUUGUUACGAUUAAUGCCCUUUAUAUUCACAAGACAGAAAUAGCAAUCGUCAAAAUGAUUUUUUGGUUCCCUCCGUACCAUUGGAAAACCAAAUUUAAACAUUUUCGUUGUCCUUUCGUUCACUGUCGCAAGUUUUCAAGACAAGUUUUGCGCACUACAUGUGGAGUUCAGGAUUUAUCUUGAUCUAAUAAAUGAACACCAAAAUAGGCCCUUUUGUUCAUUUGGCCAUUUGUCUUAGAAUUUGUUAAGUUUGUUUAUAAACAUAUUGCAAUUAUAGUGGUAGAAUAUACAGAAAUGUAAGAAUAUUUAAGUAUUUGAUAAGCAUGUUAUAUCUCGAAAACUAGAGCUGAUACAAAGAAAAUGUUUGUAUUUUUGGAAUCAUCACAGAUGAAUUAACUAAAAUCAGUUAAUUUUUAUUCGGCAGCAAGACAAAAAAAAAUUUUUGUUGGGCUGUGUUAUUAAUGAAACACCCUGUAUUAUUAGGCUCCACCUGCGAUGCGUAGUCAACAGUAACAUAAUUCACCGAAUGCGUUCCCACUUAUUUCUCUACGCAAGUGGACAAAAUCGCCAAGUGCCACUGUAUAUUUGACAAGCUCUAACUCAUUCAUCUCCAAUUUUAGUUUAUAUUUUGCGGUUAAUGGUCUAACUAUACUUCAUCGUGUCUUCAAUGUUUUACUCAUAAGCACUUGUUUCUUGUUUUAUUAGAAUUGUUAAGAAUUAUAUAAAUAAUUACAUUAAAUAUCCGUUUAAAGUGUGGCAACUCAAAGCCAGUAUUUUAAAUAAUUAGAUCUUUGAAUGUUUUUCGAAUAACAUUGUUUAAUGAAUAUUGAAUAUAGUGUAAAAUAGAUGAGACGUAUGAAUAUAUGUCUAUACAUUACAUUAGUCCAGAGAAAUACCAUGUUCCCGUAACCAGACCAAGUUGUGACAGUUUUUUUGAGUGUUAUGAACCUCGAUAACCCAAACCUUUAUGUGUGGGUUCGGUUGACUUCUUCUUUCUUCUAUAUUUUUAGACAAAAGUUCUUAAAAUGGUGCUUUUUUGGCCUAAUAUUGUUAAUAAGGUAUAAAGUCUACCGAAUCCGCUGCAGGAAACAUAGGUUUUGUUUAUCCAGGUCCAUAAAACUCAAGGUCAGAUACAUAGGCGUAACCAGAAUGAAUAAGGGGGGUACAACUACCUGAAAGGGGGGAGUUACAACUACUGGAAGGCCUCUAAGGGCUAUGGUGUCAAGCGCAUAGAGCUCAAAGUACAUCCCAAUGGGGGGGGGGUUAUAACCCCCAAACCCCCCCCCCCUGGUUACGCCUAUGGUCAGAUACCUGGCCUGGUCACAGUCACGAACAAUGUACUUUUUACAUUAUUUCUCUGGACUACAUAUUGUUAUAUUUCUCUUUUAUAUAAGUAAUUUAUUUUUAUAUAUUUUAUAUUUAUAUUUUGUUACCACAGGACGACAAACCUAAGAACCAUAAAAUUACUUUUGAAUACGAAUCUAGGCUCUAGAUUGCCUUAUUGGCUAAGGCUUCUGAGAAAUCCUAACCUAAAAGUGGAAAAGCUGUUUUUGGACAUGAAACCCCCAAAAUUUAUGAAUUUGAGUUGUGGUAGUUUGGGGUGUGUGGACUUGUCAUGAGAUUGUCUGGAAGAAAAAAUUAUAGUAGGUACAAUGCUACAUAACCUCAAAAACGGCCAAAAACAGCCAUUUUGCAAUUUUGGGACCAGUACCAAAUUACCAGAGCUAAUUUGGUACUUUGAAGCUCAGAUUUGGAUUCAGCGCAGAAAAAAACCUUUUGAAAAGAAUAUUCUGUAGGUAUAUGUUGGUUCUCUAUUGGUCAAAUUUUAUCGACCUGUGUAAAUUGUUGUUUCAAGUUUAUAUUUGUAAAUUGUAAAUCGCUGUAGGUACUAAUAGACCAAGAGGCAGCGCUGAAAAAUCUAUUUGAAUUUACUAAAGCUAGAUUUUUCACAGUUGAUUACUGUGAGUGUGUAGAGAAACAUACUGCGGUCUGUCAAGCGAAACUUAGAACAGGGGUUACUGAGAGGGUAUCAAAGUUGCUUUCCUACGAAGGUAAUUAAAUCCAUUUACUAAGGCUGAAAAUCAGUACACACAUUCUAAAUUAAAUAUAAAUAAAAGUUAUUAUUUUUGAUGGGUCUCAUUACUAAGAGGGUAUGAAAGUUGUUUUCCUACGAAGGUAAUUAAAUCCAUUUACUAAGGCUGAAAAUCAGUACACAGUGAGAUAUAAUUAGUACGUUCUUUAACGGUAAAAUAUUGCAAAACCUCUAAAUUUUAAAGAACCGCUUGGAUUGACAUGAAAUUUGGCAUAAACAUAGCUAAUAAGUCAAAGAAAAAUAUUGUGCCGAUGUGUGCUUUUGCCCUGGGGGUGAGUUUCACCCCUUCUCGGGGGUGAAAAGGUAUAUGUCCAAAAUAAUUGGGAAUUCGAUAAAAUGACUAAUUCUAAGCAACUUUUGUUCUAUACAGUUUUUUCACCAAGUCAAUACUUUUCGAGUUAUUUGCGAGUUAAUUGGUUCAUUUUUAAACAAAAUAACCACGGUUUUAGACGGUUUUUCGCAAAUCACUCAAAAAGUAUGUAUUUUGCCGAAAAAAAUAUUCUUAAUGAAAAUAUAGUUUAUAAAAAAAUGAAAAAAAUGGUGCAUAUAUUAAGUCAGUAGACCCAGUACAAGCAAAGUUGUAGCUAAUGAAAAGUAGGUUCUUAUUCGUCAAAUUCCAAAUCGAAUAUUUCAUCGAGGAAUAACCAAAAAACGGAACACUUUUCGGGGAACACUCAUUUCAACUUUUUUAAAGUGUUUAAAAAAGGUUUAUUUUUAUUUUUUAAAAAAACUUCUAACCUUAAAAGUAAGUGAGUUAUGCUCAAAAUAUUGUUGGUACCUUUUAUUUUUUGGUAAAAAGAAUCGCGAAAAGCACCCCCUAAUUAUCAUAUCAAAUAAAAUUAAUCGUUACCGCUUCACAAGUUACUUUACAUAUUUAUUCUUUAUACGAUCUGUAAGUCUCAGCGGUUCAAAGGGCUUAUUCUUGAAAAGGCUAGUUAAAAUGGCUUGAACGAGUCACUAAUCCCGAGUGUAUGCAAAAUUUGAACAGCCAUAGCAUAAUCGAUUUUUGUCUAACAAGUAAACAAAAAGUCCAAAAUAGUCAGAAAAGCAAAACGUACAUUUUAUUACUUUUUGAGAUUUUUGGUAUUAGUAAUAAUUUUUAAGUUAUUUUGAAAAAGAGCAUUCCUUUCUAAAUUAAAAAUUUUAAAAUUUUUAUUUUAAAACCAUUUUUUUCCAAAAAUAAGCACGUUGAAUCGAUGAAACUUACAGAUCAUAUAGACACUAUAUAAAUAAAGCAACAUGUGAAGCGGUAACGCUUAAUUCUAUUUAAGUUGUUAAUUAGGGGGUGAUCUUCCCGAUUUUUUAUGCCAAAUCAAAACGGACCAACUGUAUUUUGAGCGUAACUUGCUCACAUUUGAUGCCAGAAUAUUUUUUUUAUAAAAAAGGACAUAAAGAUUUGUAAACUCUUUAAAAAAGUUGUAAUGAGUUUUUUCCAAAAAGUGCUUCAUUUUUUGGUUAUUUUACGUUGAAAUAUAUUUAUUUGAAGUUUGGCAAAUAUGAACCUAUUUUUCUUUAGCUAUAACUCUGCUUCUACUAGGUAUAGAGACUUCAUGUAUACACCAUUUUUUUCACUUUUUUACAACCUAUACUUUUGCUAACAAAGGUUUUUUUUCCAUAAAAUACUUACUUUUUGAAUUAUUUACGAAAAAUUGUCUAAAAACGUGUUCGUUUUGUUUUGAAAAAUGAACAUAUUCACUCGCAAAUAACUCGAAAAGUAUUAACUUGGUGAAAAAACUAUAGAGAAUAAAAGUUGCUUAGAAUUAGGCAUUUUAUCGAAUUUCGGACUUAUUUUGAACGUAUGUUUUUCACUACCGAGAAGGGGUGAAACUCAUCCCCAGGGCAAAAGCACACAUCGGCACAAUAUCACUUUUUUUCUUUGACAUGUUGGCUAUACGUAUGCCAAAUUUUAUGUCAAUCCAAACGGUUCUUUAAAAUUUACAGCAUCAUCAUCAUAGUCAUUAACAUCUUAGUAGAUGUGUUGUGGUUCAUAAUUGGGCUUCAGCAGCUCGGACAGUUUGAUUGAUAAUAUUUCUCCACUGGUCGCGGUCAUCAGUUACAUGUAUUGCCUCAGUAUACUGUUUGUUGAGAAGCUUUUUAGUAAUGUCCGCCCAUCGCUGUGGAGAUCUUCCGCGUUGGCGUUGAGUCUGAGGCCUUCCUUGUACCACCAACCGCUCCAUUUUGUGAUCACUCCGAUGGAUAUGACCAAAGAACUUUAAAAUUCUAGAGUAAACGGUACUGGAGAGACGCUGAUCCGGUUUAAUUUCAUCCAGAACCGAGACAUUUGUACGGCGAGCCGUCCAUGGAAUUCGAAGCAGGCGUCUCCAUGUCCACAUUUCAAAGGCGUCUAUACGUCGUCUGUCUGAUUCUUUGACUGUCCAUGUCUCGCAUGCAUAGUAAAAUAUGGAAAAGACCAGAGUUGAAACGAGUCUCUUUUUGUUUGUCAUAGUAAUGUGACGAUCACGCCAGACCCCGUUUAGUUCACUCAUUGCUGCUCUUGCUAGUUGAAUGCGUCUUCUAAUUUCGGGUUCACAACUGCCUGUGUUGUUAACUAGAGCUCCAAGAUAUAUCAUAGAUGAGACUACCUCGCAUCCCGCAAUAGUUUGGGUUUCAGGAAACUGUUAUUGGCGAUCAAUAACCAUGAUUUUGGUUUUGUUGUAGUUAACCAUGAGUCCAAAUUUAGCACUUUCUUCCUCGAGUUUUUUUAAUAAUUCAAUAAUUUCUUCUGGAGUAGAGGUUAGAAGUGUAGUGUCGUCUGCGAAACGCAAGUUAGAUAUCUUAACACCACCUAGGUUUACUCCUCCCUCCCAACCAUCCAAGACUCUGCGCAUUAUGAACUCCGAAUAGAUGUUAAAUAAUAAGGGAGAUAAAACGCAUCCUUGGCGUACUCCCUUCUCCAAAGUGCAUUUGUCAGACAGGUAUCCGUCCAUUCGAAUAUAUGCCAGGUUAUCUUGGUACAGUUUGCUAAUAAGGUGAGUCAAGUGUUUAGGUACACCCAUUGUCGUCAAUAUGUUCCAUAGUUUGUCCCAUCUAACAUUAUCAAAGGCCUUUGUAUAAUCGACGAAACAUAUAAAUAUCGGGAUCCGGUAUUCUCUGGCUUUUUCUAUGAUGUUUCUUACAUUAAGGAUUUGUUCUCUAGUACCUCUGCCCUUUACAAAUCCAGCCUGCUCAGGUGCUAUUUGCCAACUUAUGAAGUUUUCUAGACGCCGUUGCAGUAUGUAGAGGAUCACCUUACUGGCGUGUGAUAUUAGGGCUAAUAGCCUGUAGUUGUUACAAUUAUUUGUUGAACCUUUCUUAUGAAGAGGUAUGAUUAUGGUCUUUCUCCAAUCCUCAGGCCAAACGCCUGUGUGUCAUAUUUCAUUACACAAUCGAUGUAAUAUUUUCACUCCACAUUCCGGAAGGUGCUUCAAGACGUCUGCAGUAAUUAGAUCAUAUCCUGCUGCUUUGUUUAACUUAAGUCUUUUUAAAGCGAAUUCCACCUCGGAAAAAAGUAUGUCAGGUUCAGAUUCAAAACUAGUGUGGUGUGUCUCUGUUGAAGGAGAAUGGAAAGUGGAGGUCUGACAGUCAGGUACAAACGGGGUGUCCGCUGGCAUCUGGUCCGUAUUGGCGUAUAAAGACUUACAAUACGCCCUCCAAACAUCAAUAACCUUGUCCAAAUCCGUCUGUACAUUACCUUCAUCAUCUUUGAUAGACCAAGAUUUCUGUUUGAAUUUACGUGUGAGUAGUCUGACUUUAUCAAAGAGUUCUUUGGUGUUAUUUGUGUCGGCAUGUAGUUGAAUUUCUCUGCAGAUUUUCUCUAUAUGCUUGUUUUUGUCUCGUCUACAAGCAACCUGAAUAGCUCUAGAUAGCUGUCGGUACUGGGAAUUCCUGAGAGGGUUCUCGAUUCCAGCAAUUUUAAGUUUUCUACGUUCUUCAACGAGGUCAAAAGUAUCUGCAGACAUCCACACUUUUUUUGGUCCGGUUGAGACGGCAUUAGACUGUGCCUCGCAGUCAGCCAAGGUCUGUAUCAAGGUAUUUUUAAAAGAUAACCAAAUCUUUUCGGAAUCAUGAGUGGCGAUAGUUGGUAAAAUAUUUUCGAAUCUUUCAUUACAUUGGCUUUUAAAUUGUUGUGUAUCUUUUAUUUUUGAUAUCCUCUUGUUUCGGAUCCUAGCACAUGCCUUGAAUUUUUGCUUUAGCGUUGCAAAAAGAAGUUGGUGGUCAGAGCCGCAGUCAGCGCUAGGUCGUGUUUUACAUUGGCUAAUAGAUGUUUUCCAGCGAUGUUUAAUCAUUAUGUAAUCGAUUUGAUUUCGGUGUCGUCCGCCAGGUGAGAUCCAAGUGUACAAUCUUCUGGGGUGGUGCUUAUACAUAGAGUUCAUUAUUGUCAAGUCAUUGUCAACGCAGAACUGGAUAAGGCGGUCUCCCCUUGAAUUACGUUCACCUAUUCCAUAUCUACCCACAAUAUUUCGUAUAUGUUCGUCAUCCACAGUAACACCGAUUUUUGAGUUUAAAUCACCCAUGAUGAUAGCGAUUUCUUUAUUUGGGAUAUUUUGCAGAUAUGAUUCCAGUUCGUUGAAAAAAGAUUCAGUUGUAUCAUCAUCAGCAGUUGAGGUAGGCGCAUAUACCUGAAUCAAAUGGACGAUAGAGGGAGAUCCAUUUAGUUUUAAGGAAAUUAUACGAUCACUGAUAGCUUGAUAUCCCAGUAUAUAAGGAGAAAGAGAUUUUGAAACCCAAAAGCCAACACCAUUGAUACUUUUGUUAGUGUUGCCUGAAAAGCACAUGAAAUGUCCCAAAUUAGUUAUGUAGUGCCCCUCGUUACGGAAGUGAAGUUCAGAGAGCCCGGCCACAGAGAUAUUGGUUCGUUCCAGUUCCUUCUCCAGAAUAGCUUGUUUACCCGGUUGUAAAAGACCACGGACAUUCCAUGUAGCUAUGUUGUAUGGUUUGCGGUUAUUAAGUUUUUGUUUUUCACCAGUAGCACAUUUCGCAUGUAAAGCCUGAUGAGUCACGUCUACAUGCCCGGUAACUGAUUUCACACAUUCCUCCCCGGACGAGAAGAUGCGCCGGGUGCCAUCCGGAUCGCGAAGCUCAUCAUCCGAGGCCUCGCAGCUAUUGCUCAUAUCAUGAACUUUCGUGGGUGAAAUAAAGGGGUGGUUUCCCGUUGCCUUCCCCUUUGGUUGGGAGUGCUAAUAAGGAAAUUGGUUUAAACAGGGUUAGUAGGAAAGGACAAUGGUAUCUACUGUUUGGACUUAGUAGAUAUACCAAGGCUCGCGUUUGCAGGGUCGCAUACCUGAAGUAGGACUAUCACCUAUUGGGUUUAUAGACGAGUCUCUACCCGCUACCCUGAGGAAAUUAGGAGUGUGUGAAUGGGGAGAGGCGCAAGUUACGCAGUUUGUGUGUAGGGUGCGCGACAUGUAUAUGCCACACCCCCCGCGCAAAAAGGGCCUCUUCCACUCAAACACGGUCAAGAGGACUCAUCCGACACUCGGGGUGUGGCUGAGAUAGGUUCUUGGUAAAUAAAUGGGUAUGGGACGAGAUGGAAUGUUGACGAGAAUGAAAAUUUACAGCAAAAACCGUCAAAUAAUGUAUAAAUAUUUUUCCAAAAUUAGGCAUUUUAAAUAUGUCAAACUCCUUGAGUGUAUUGAUAAUAUAAAUAUAAAAGGAACUACAGAAAGGUGAAGACCAAUUUUGAAUUAGGAAGGUAGUUAGGGGGUUGUUUUCACUGAUUUUUUCGUAGAGAAAAGCAGGUACCGACAUUUUUUUGAUUAUAAGUCGCUUAAUUUUUAUGCUAGAAACUUUUUAUUAUUUUUUUUGAAAGGUCUAAUUGUAUACUUGAAAACAGAUUAUUUAAGUUUUUAUUUAAGUUAUUAAAAAAUGCAAAUUUUUCCCAUUAUUUGGCUUUUGAAUAUUUCAAAUUAUGCAUUUGACGAAAAAAGCUAACCUUUAACAUGCCGUAUCUCGGUUUGUAUUGGUCUUAAAGAUAUUAUUGGUAAAGAAUUUGGUUUGUGUUACUAAAAGAUACAAUUUUGUUAUCUACAGUUUUUUUGAUUAAAUGCAUAUUUUUCGAGGUAUUCUCAAAAAACCCUAUAAAAAGUCGAUUUUUUCGUCGAAAAACUGUUAUUUUCAAGUGCGAAUAACUCGAAAAAUAUUAGUUUUACGAAGAAUAUGUAAAAAACUUUUUUCUUAGAAUCACUUUUUCCACCGAAUUACAUGGUUAAAAUGUAAUAAAAAAUUCCCACCCCCCGAGAUCGGGUGGCAACCACCCCCAAGGUUUUAGCGUAUGAUAGCGGCAUGUAAUAGAAAAUGAUCCUUGGACUAUUCCCUAUUUUCUGUGAAAAUUUCAAGUAAAUCAAUGCUGGACGAAAAAAUUGCGAGCCAAAAUACUUCAUUUCCUCAAUCGACUAUUGGGGCCGACCGACCGGCUCUGUCCCGUCAUACAGCUGACCGACUAUAAUAACUUAUAUUUAUAUUUAAUUUAGAAUGUGUGUACUGAUUUUCAGCCUUAGUAAAUGGAUUUAAUUACCUUCGUAGGAAAGCAACUUUGAUACCCUCUCAGUAACCCCUGUUCCACGUAUCGCUUGACCGACCGCAGUAUGUUUCUCUACACACUCACUGUAAUCAACUGUGAAAAAUCUAGCUUUAGUUAAUUCAAAUAGAUUUUUCAGCGCUGCCUCUCCGUCUAUAAUAUAAGCUGUAAGUUAAAAGUAAUUUAUUUUGUAAAAAUAUGAAUCGUAUUUUGUUAAACAUAUCUUUGUAUUUAUAUACAGCUUUAACAGUUUUAUCUUUCAAUAUUUUAUGAAGUGUUCUAUAAAAUUCCUCGUUUGUUAUAUUGGACACCACUACAGUAACUUUCUUUGACUAGUCAAAAAGUCUACUAGUCUUCUAGUCUUUUCAGUGAAAUAGACUCUCAUUUCCUUCAUUGAAAGAAUUGCUGUAAAUAUUAUUUUGCAUAUGACUAUUAUUCUUAGUAUUAUUGUCGCCUUCUUGAUAUAAAAUUAUCAAUUUGAGACUGCUUUUGCACUUUUUGAAUGUGAUAGAUAUCUUUAAAUAUUGUUGGGAUUGAUCCACUUAUGCAAUAAAAUCAGCUCAAAUUACACUGGGGUGCAAAAUUAACCGGACACCUUAAAAAUAGGUCAUUUUUGAUGUCUCGAAUUUCCUAAACCUGUUGUCCGAUUUAAGUGAUUUUUUAAUAUAUUACAGCCUUAUUCUUUAACAAUAUCGCUAUAAUAGUAUUGUUGCUAAACAGUUAAAUUUUCAUUGUAUAUCGGGUGUACCAAUCAAACUGUGUUUUUUUCUCAAAGUUCGCAUCACCCUGUGGAAUUUCUAGCAUUUAUAAAAUACUGAAAUUAAAAUCCGACUAUAGCUUCAUGUUUUCUCAACAUUUUGUUUGUUGAUUCAUUCGCUUACAUUGCACCAAAAAAAGUUCGGUACUUUAACAACUCGCCAUGUAUUUCAUCAAUACAGGGUGUUUUUAAAUAGGUAUGGCAAACUUUAGGGGAUAAUUCUGCAUGAAAAAAUAAUGACAAAUUGCUUUAUAAACGGUAUGUCUGCAAAUGCUUCGUUUUCGAGAUAGGGGAUGUUGAAAUUUUUCUUACAAACUGACGAUUUAUUUAUUGCUUUAAAACAGGUUGAGAUAUGCAAAUGAAAUUUGGUGGGUUUUAACACGUAGUUAUUGCAUAUUUUUUGACAUACAAUUAAGAAUUUAAUAUUCACCAUUGGCGCACGUACGGGUAAUAUGAACCUUCAUAUUACCCGUAUGCGCACCACUGGUGAAAAUUAAAUUCCGACUUGUAUGGCAAAAAAUGUGCAAUAACUACGUGUUAAAACCCAUCAAAUUUCAUUUGCAUAUCUCAACCGGUUUUAAAGCAAUAAAUAAAUGGUCAGUUUGUAAGAAAAAUUUCAACACCCUCUAUCUCAGAAACGAAGCAUUUGCGGACAUAGGUUUAUAAAGCAAACUGUCAUUAUUUUUUCAUGUAGAAUUAUCCCCUAAAGUUUGCCAUACUUAUUUAAAAACACCCUGUAUUAAUGAAACACAUGGCGAGUUGUUAAAGUACCGAACUUGUUUUUUUGGUCCAAUGUAAGCGAAUGAAUUAACAAACAAAAUGUUGAGAAAACAUGAGGCUAUAGUUGGGUUUUAUUUUGAGUAUUUUAUAAAUGCUAGAAUAUUCCACAGGGUGAUGCGAACUUUGAGAAAAAAACACAGCUUUAUUGGUACACCCGGUAUACAAUGAAAAUUUACCUGUUUAGCAACAAUAUUAUUACAGCGAUAUUGCUAAAGGAUAAGGCUAUAAUAUAUUAAAAAAUUACUUAAAGCGGACAACAGGUUUAGGAAAUUCGAGACAUCAAAAAUGACCCAUUUUUAAGGUGUCCGGUUAAUUUUGCACCCCAGUGUAUAAUUUUUUUCUCAAUUAAGUAGUAUAUUUUUAGUGUAUUUUAUUUUUAGUAUAUAAUUAGUAAUAAUUUCUAUAUUGACAACCUGUACACUAGGGGCCGUCCAUUAAUCACGUGAUGUUUUUUUGGCAUUUUUUAACCCCCCUCCCCUUGGUGAUACAUUGUGAGGUUUAAAACCCCCUGUAUCACGUGACAUUUCGGUGAUUUUUUUAUUGCCCCCCUUUAGAUACUCGCGUGAUUAAUGGACAGCCCCCUAAACAUUGAUUAAACUAUACAAUAAUUUUAGAUAUACAGGGUGUCCAGAAACUCUACCGACAAACGAAGACAGGAGAUUCCUCAGAUAAUUUUAAGACAAUUUAACCCAAUUCACCUAGUCCGAAAAUGCUUCCCAUGGGAGCUAGAGCUCUUUGAAGAUGGCGCCAUGUAAUUAGUUUUUCUUAAAUACCUCCAGAACGCUUCCAUUUAGAAAAACGAAAAUUUGUAUACAUAUUUACUUUCCAGAAGUGAGUCGAUUCCAUCCAUUGCAAAUUUCUAGUACCGGUCAUAGGCGCCCGUUUUGGGUAGGGAAACGGUUAUUUUAUCGCAUAACCUUUUUGUCUUUAACUUUUAAGCAUUUAUGAUACUGGAUUAUUAAAUUGUGAGGUAUUCUAGUACUAAAAGAUACUCUUACUUUAAGUCGGUAGGACACACCGUUUUCUAGAAAAAUCGAUUUGAAAGUUUUUGGUUUUGGGAAUUUGAAAAAAAAAGUUGAAAAAAAUUAAAAAAAAAACGAUGUAUUUUACCAACUUAAAGCAAGAGUAACUUUUAGUACUCGAAUAUCUCAUAAUUGAAUAAUCUAGUGUCGAAAAUACUUAAAAAUUAAAGAUAAUAAAGUUAUGCUAUAAAAUGACUGUUGACCUACCCAAAACGGACGUCUAUGACCGGAACUAGAAAUUCGUCAUUAGUGAAAUCGAUUAAUCUCUGGAAUAUAAAUAAAUGUACCAGUUUUCACCUUUCAAAAUAAUUUUUUUUGAAUCUUCUUUUUUGAAAUUCAAAGAACGAAAAAUUUUCAAAUCGAUUUUUCUAGAAAACGGUGUAUCCUAUCGACUUAAAGUAAGAGUACCUUUUAGUACUAGAAUACCUCACAAUUUAAUAAUUCAGAGUCAAAAAUGCUCAAAAAUUAAAGACAAAAAAGUUAGGCGAUAAAAUAACCGUUGCCCUACCCAAAAAGGACGCCUAUGACCGGUACUUGAAAUUCGUAAUGGAUGGAAUCGAUUCAUUUGUGGAAAGUAAAUAUGUACACCAAUUUUCAUUUUUCUAAAUAGAAGCGUUCUGGAGGUAUUUAAGAAAAACUAAUUACAUGACGCCAUCUUCAAAGAGCUCUAGCUUCCCUAGGAAGCAUUUUCGGACUAGGUGAAUUGGGUUAAAUUGUCCUAAAAUUAUCUGAGGAAUCUCCUGUCUUCGUUUGUCGGUAGAGUUUCUGGACACCCUGUAUAUAUUGAAUAUUUUAAAUAAUAUUCAAUAUUCAUUGUAAAGAGAACAAUGAAUUGUUUUUAACUGUUUUAUAAUAGCUGUAUUUGCAUUAUAUUGAAAAUAAUCUUGUUGUAUUUUAUCAGUUGUAUGAAAUAUAAUAAAUUUCUACACAAA